UUGGGAAUUGGAAAAUUGAAAGAAAAAAUAGUAGCGACACGGUUGCUCUACAGCUAAACAUUACUAACUGAAAACAAACCCUAACCCUUCCCUCCUUUAUUAGAGAUACAACUAAAACCAAAACAAAAACUAGCUAAACCAAGCCACCACAGAAAUGGACUCAGACGACGGAAAGCUAUUCAUUGGAGGAAUAGCUUGGGACACCACUGAAGACAAGCUCAGAGAUUACUUCAACCAAUACGGUGACGUUUCUCAGGCCGUCAUUAUGCGUGACAAGACCACCGGUCGUCCCCGUGGCUUUGGCUUUGUUGUCUUCACCGAUCCUUCCAUUCUCGAUCAAGUCCUCCAGGAUAAGCACACCAUCGAUGGCCGUACUGUGGAGGCAAAAAAGGCUUUAUCAAGAGAAGAACAACACAGCUCUAGAUCAGGAAAUUUUAAUUCUGGUAGAGGCGCUGAAGGGGGAAAUUUUAGAACUAAAAAGAUAUUUGUUGGAGGUCUACCACCUACUUUGACAGAGGAUGGAUUCCGUGAGUAUUUUGAAAAUUAUGGUCAUGUAACUGACGUUGUGGUUAUGUAUGACCAGAAUACGCAGCGUCCUCGUGGUUUUGGUUUUAUCACCUUUGACACAGAAGAUGCAGUUGAUAGGGUUCUACACAAGGUAUUCCAUGAGUUGAAUGGUAAGCUAGUGGAGGUCAAACGAGCCCUCCCUAAAGAUGCCAAUCCAGGUGGUGGGGGUCGUGGUGGGGGCUACCAGGGUUACGGUGCCUCUGGUGCCAAUAGUAGUUCAUUUGAUGGCCGAAUGGAUGGAAACAGAUAUAUGCAACCCCAAAGUACUGCAGGUGGUUUCCCAUCUUAUUCUGGUUAUGGGGGACCAGGGUAUGGCUAUGGAGCAGCAAGUAGUGGAGUUGGAUAUGGUGGUUAUGGCAGUUAUGGUAUUGGUGGUUAUGGAAGUGCUGCUACUGGGUUUGGUGCUCUCACAGGGGCAUACGGAAAUCCAAAUGCUGGUUAUAUGAAUGCACCACCUGGGGCCUUGAAAAGUUCUUGGGGAAGCCAAACUCCUUCAAGUUAUGAUUCAAACGCUGGUUCUGCUCCUAUGGGUCAGUCUCCAAGUGGGGCUUGUGGGUAUGGGAACCAAGGCUAUGGUUAUGGUAAUUAUGGUGGAAGCGGUGGUCCUUAUUUGGGUGGUUAUGGGGCUGCUAGUGGGCGUGCUGGAAGUGGUGCUGGAGGAGAUAAUAGCUAUAGUGACACCAAUGGAAAUUCAGGGUAUGCAAAUGCGGCUUGGAGGUCUGAUUCUUCUCAGAGCUCUAGUGGUUUUAAUGGCGGGUAUGGUGGUGCACAUUCCAGACAGGGUCAACAGCAAUGAUCAGAGAUCCUUCAACAUACCACUGCUUUCCCUGGUGGAGACCUAAUUUAUGGUGACAAGAGAUUUUGGGAAUGGUUGGAUUGCUUGAAUUUCAGUUUUAGUUACCAGUAGUCAUUCUGCUUGUAUACAAUGACCUGUAGUUCCAAGUAGUAGCGAUAUUUUAUCUAGUGGUAUUUGUUUUCAAGUCCUAGUGUUUAACUUGAAGUUAUUUAUUGUUUUGUCUGUUUUUUUAUGUGGAGUUACUUUAUUGAAGGCCAGUGUAGUUGAAUGGGCUUUCUUUAUUGUUGUGGGGGUUGAUGAUAUUAAUGUUUGGUUAAUGCACUUUAUUAGCAGUCAUCUCUGGUGGUAUGCUAGUAUAGUAAUUUAAUCGUGUUGUUCUGUAAUUAUACAUUUUUUUAAGCCAUUGCUUUAAUAUCAGCAUUUCAGUAUCUGCUUAA